AUGGAUGUCGAGCAAUCCACGGGGGCCAUGAAUGCAGACACGGUGGGCAUAGCCAAGAAUCCCAGCCCAUCGCUCGAGGAGCGCUCCGUUAGACAUGGUGAUCUGUUGGGCGGAGAGAAGGUCGAUGAGGCACUUGCGGCCAAAAUGAUCAUUGUGAACGAUACGAUUGACGAAAUCGGAUUUACACACCACCAUUGGAAGCUAUUUUGUCUGAAUGGAUUCGGAUACGCCGUCGACUCCCUCAUCCUACUGAUCCAGUCCAUCAUUUCCACCCAGGCCCGAUUGGAGUUCCAGCCGAGCUAUGCCACCGGCCUCACCAUUGCCGUUUACGUGGGCAUGCUGGUCGGCGCCAUCUUCUGGGGAUUCUCGGCUGAUAUCAUCGGCCGGCGCUUCGCCUUCAACGUCUCUCUCUUCAUCUCGGCCAUUUUCACCGUCGUGGCGGGUGCCUCGCCCUCGUGGAUCACCUUGGGUCUGUUUGUGUGUCUGAGCGCCUUCGGGGCAGGAGGAAAUCUGGUGUUGGAUACGACCGUCUUUCUCGAGUAUCUCCCGAGCAAGAAUCAAUGGCUCUUGACCCUGAUGGCGGCCUGGUGGGGCCUGGGUCAGCUCAUCGCGGGGCUGUUCGCAUGGGCCUUUCUCCCCAACUACUCGUGCAGCGACGCCGCGACGUGCACCAGAGAGAACAACCAAGGCUGGCGAUACGUGUGGUUCACCUCGGGGGCCUUCGUCUUUGUGCUCUCCAUUCUGCGAAUUACCAUCAUUCGCCUGCAGGAGACCCCCAAGUUUCUCAUCGCCGAAGGCAAAGACGCACAGGCAGUGCGAGUGCUGCAGGAAAUCGCGACCCGCUAUAACCGUCCCUGCAGUAUCACCCGGGAGCGUCUCGAGGCCUGUGGAACCACGGCGCAACGCAGCACCACCGCGACCGGUCUCACCCAACGGCUCGUCUCGCCGGGGGAGGUAUUCUUCCAUCUCCGUGGACUGUAUGCGACGCGGAAAAUGGCCAUCUCUACCACUAUGGUCUGGUUCUCGUGGCUGCUCAUCGGCUUGGCCUAUCCCCUAUACAACGUCUUCCUGCCCAUCUAUCUCGCGUCACGGGGCGCGAGCUUCGGCCAGAGCAGCGCGUACAUCACUUGGCGCAACUAUGCCAUCAAUAACACUUGCAGCAUAUUUGGGCCCGUUUUGGCCGGAUUCAUGUGCCGAUCCCCGUGGUUCUGGGGCCGCCGUGGCACCAUGAUCAUCGGUGCGCUCGUCACCAUGAUCUUCUUUUUUUGCUACACACAAGUGCGCACGGCGAGUCAGAACCUGGGAUUUACGUGCGCCAUCUCCUUCUGCCUCAAUAUCUAUUAUGGCACUCUCUAUGCCUAUACCCCAGAGGUAUUUCCCUCGGGUCACAGAGGGACCGGCAAUGGGGUCGCCAUCGGCCUAAACCGCAUCAUGGGCAUUAUCAGUGCAGUCGUGGGCGAAGCUGCUAAUACGGCUACCUCCGUGCCGAUCUUCAUCUGCGCCGCAUUGUACAUUGUCAUGGCCAUCGUCGCCGGAACGCUUCCUUUCGAGCCAUACGGACGACGAAGCAGCUAA